AUGGGGAGAUGCACAAAAAAGGAUGACAUUAUUGCAAAAGAGGUUACAAAUGUAGGAGGUUCGCUUACUCGAUAUGCUCAUGUACCAGACGAAUUCCGCUACCUCCCAAAUGGAGCCUUUUUCCUGCAACUGCAAGAAAAGGAAACGCACAUUUACCUUUCCGAUGAGGUGGUGAAGCUCGCCAUUGAUGCGGCUCUCUAUGCCCUUAUCGGCGAUGGGAUCCACCAGCUUAAAUCGCGUUAUAAGCGGGGAUCUCGCGCACGUGUAGAAGAGGGUCAGCUUUACACGAUUCAUGGAGUCUGUAGGGGCGGAAUCGAAGCAGGAUUAACUUUAGAAAGGAGGGAAGAGGAUCCUGAAAACACUGCAAUUACCGCUUUACCAUAA